GUCUCUUAAGUGAGAGUUGAGUCGUGCUACAGAAUCAGUUUAACGAGGAGAUAGAUCAAUAAUGGAGAAAUGGAGAGUAACUUAUAGUCUGCUCAAAUACUCGUCCAACUUUGAUCGCCGAUCGAAUUAUUCAUUCACUUCAGGUGUUAGAUAUUUUUAUGGUAGAAGUUAUAUACCUUUCAACAAGAAGUUUCGAGGCAAUGUUAAUGGGGCUUCGGGUUCUUUACCAAGUGUCAAUGGGAAUAGUUAUGCAGUUCAGCUUAGAUAUCUUGCUUCUGUGGCAUCAACUACUCAGAGGAACCCAGAUUUUUCACAAAUUAAUAUGGAUGAUAUAAGCUAUUUUAAGAAGAUCCUGGGAGAAAGAGGCGUAGUUCAGGACGAAGAGAAGUUGGAUGAUGCAAACACGGAUUGGAUGAGGAAAUACAAAGGUUCAAGUAAGCUUAUGCUCCAACCUAGGACCACCGAGGAGGUUUCUCAGAUUCUUAAAUAUUGCAAUUCCAGGUGCCUGGCUGUUGUACCUCAAGGUGGAAAUACAGGUCUUGUGGGAGGAAGUGUACCUGUUUUUGAUGAGGUAAUCAUCAAUGUUGGUUCCAUGAAUAACAUCCUUUCUUUUGACAAGGUUAGCGGUAUACUGGUAUGUGAAGCAGGAUGCAUUUUGGAAAACCUGAUUUCUUUUUUGGAUAACCAAGGAUUUAUUAUGCCACUGGACUUGGGUGCUAAAGGAAGCUGUCAAAUUGGGGGAAAUGUUUCAACUAAUGCUGGUGGUCUCCGCCUUAUCCGAUAUGGAUCACUUCAUGGAAGUGUACUUGGUCUUGAAGCUGUUUUAGCAAAUGGUACUGUUCUAGACAUGCUUGCCUCUUUGCGCAAAGACAAUACUGGAUAUGACUUGAAGCAUUUAUUCAUCGGGAGUGAGGGCUCUUUGGGAAUUGUGACAAAGGUUUCCAUACUUACCCCACCAAAGUUGUCAUCUGUAAAUCUAGCUUUUCUUGCUUGCGAAGAUUAUGCUAGCUGCCAGAAACUUUUAUUGGAAGCCAAGAGAAAGCUUGGGGAAAUUCUUUCUGCAUUUGAAUUUUUGGAUGUGAAUGCUAUGAAUUUGGUUUUGAAACACUUAGAUGGUCUUCGUGAUCCAUUAUCCUCAAUGCAUAACUUCUAUGUUCUCAUUGAGACCACUGGCAGCAUGGAGUCUCAUGACAAAGAGAAGCUUGAAGCCUUCCUUCUUCAGUCUAUGGAUAGUGGCUUAGUAACUGAUGGAGUUCUAGCCCAAGAUAUUAAUCAAACAUCAUCAUUUUGGCAUAUCCGUGAGGGUGUACCUGAAGCAUUGAUGAAAGCUGGGGCUGUAUAUAAAUAUGAUUUGUCUCUGCCUCCUGAAAAAAUGUAUGAGCUUGUUGAGGAAAUGCGCACACGUCUUGGUUCUGCAGCAAAUGUAGUGGCAUAUGGUCACCUUGGGGAUGGAAACCUACAUCUCAAUAUUUCAGCGCCGCAAUACACUGAUAGUAUAUUAUCAAAGAUUGAACCCUUUGUCUAUGAGUGGACAUCUAAGCACCGUGGGAGCAUCAGUGCUGAACACGGCCUUGGGUUGAUGAAAGCUGACAAAAUUCAUUACAGCAAAUCUCCUGAAUCUGUUCAACUAAUGGCUGAAAUUAAGAAGCUAAUUGACCCCAACAGGAUUCUCAACCCUUAUAAAGUUCUUCCAUCCUCUGUUUUGUCCCAAAGUUGAGAUGGCCCAGAAAGAGAAGAAUGUUCACGGGUAUAGAAGACAAUUUGAGACAAUACGCGUUUGGAAUCUGUAAUUGGAUCAGAAUGUGAAUUCGAGUAGCAUUUUCUAAGCCUUAAAAAUAUGUAUCAUAUAAUGUAGGAAACACUUCGCUCGUAACUGCUUAUAAAUUGUUUCAUAAAAUUGUGCCAUCAAAUUCUGUACCAGAAUAUUCAGAGUGAUUCACUACAUUGUCUGAAUAAUUAACAAAUCAUAAAUAGAUUCAGGCAACUUAAAGUACCAAGCAUCUAUUUCUUUA